AUGCUUUCAUCACUCUCUAGUCUAGCAGUCUCUUUGCUCUCACUAUCUUCGUUUACAUACGCAUCUACCUGCAACAUGUCUGGAAACCUGACGAGCACAAAUGGUAUUGGUAGUGCACCAAUGCAGCGCCAUUACAUUUCCGCAAGCCAAGCCUCAGCUAUAGUAGAAGCGGCAGCCAAAGCAGCAGCAACCAUUGUUCCCCAAAAUAUCGCCAUCGUAGACCCAUCAGGCCUUCUAGUCGCUUUCCUCCGCAUGGACAAUGCAUAUCCGGGCAGCAUUGACAUCAGCAUCAAGAAAGCCAGGACGAGCGUUCUCUUCAAUGGUGUCCCUAGUGCUGGUCUGUACAACCAAUCUCAGCCUGGCCAAUCCUUGUAUGGAAUUGAGGAGACCAAUGGAGGUUUGGUGAUCUUUGGUGGUGGAUUGCCUUUGGUCAAGGACAACUACCUGCUCGGUGCUAUUGGCGUGAGUGGAGGUACGGUUGCGCAAGAUGUUGAGGUUGCUCAAGCUGGUGUGGACUGGUUGACAAACUCUUGA